CAGAAAGCAGCUCCCUGGCCUCAAGGCACCUCCAUCUCGGGACUGUCCCCACGAGCGCCCUCCCACCCCCUGGGUCCAGAGGGGCUGACCUGAGGCCGAUGGGAGCCCCUUCUCGGGGUACACCUGACAGCCAGCUGGGGUCUCCCUGCUUCUCUGAGAUGGGGCAGAGGAAGGCACCCCGGGUAGCUGGGCAGGCCUGGGUCGUGGUGAAGACCUUGAGGACAGCCGAGGUGGCCGCUGGCAGCUAAGAAACCAUCUCACCCUGCACCUGCUGCCCAGGCUGUCCCUGCUGACCUGGGCCAGCUCGGGCCAGCACCACUUGGUGAGCUCAGAGGAAGCCCGUCCCAGCCAAGGCGAUGGGAAGGUCAUCCCCAAGGGCUGGGCACCUGCUGGGCCCUGUAAACCAGCUGUGGCACUUUGGUCAGGCCAGGGCUGCCCCCCCAACCCGAGGUCACUGGUGCCAUUCGGUGGACCUUGAAAGUGGCUUUGCUGUAUAAAGACAGUGCUGGCAGAGGGUGGAGGAGGAGAGGUUACCAGCAACGCUGGGGUGGGAAGCAGCAGUCAGACCUGAGGACUGCCAGUUUUCUAGGGUGCUUCACCGGUAGGUCGUCUCCGAUUUUAGAAAUGUAGCAACAUGUCUUUCAAAGCUUGUCUGAGUGCGCUGGGAAAUAGGGCCACGGGAGCGCAGACUUUCUAGCUUGGAGGAAGUCGUCGCCGCCAUGGUCGAAGGAGGCACCGCCCCUCUAUAUGCUGUUCUCUUCCUUCCAGGGCACGGAUAGAGCCCCGAGGCAGUGGGUGCCCCCAGGUCUCGUGGGGCAGCGGCGGCAGGUGCAGGGUGGUGCCUGGGGCCUGAACCCAUGAGGACCCCACCAGCCUCGGUGCCUCUGCUGACCCUAGAUGGAAAAUUUCCAAUACAGCCUCCAGCUGAGUGACCAGGACUGGGCCGAGUUCUCAGCCACCACCGACGAGUGUGGCCUCCUGCAGGCCGGCCUGGCCUCUGGAGACGAGCUCUUGUCCAGUGACAUUGAGCAAGGGGACAGCAGCGGCAGCAGCCCCCCCAGGGCCCCGCCUCUCCUGACAGGGCAGCCAGCGGCGGGGGGGCAGGGCCAUGAGGAGGAGGACGUGACCCCGCAGUCCCCGGUCAGCAGGUCUCGGUGUGAGCCUGUCUUGGCCCCGGGGACCAGUCACCAGACACCCAGCACGUCCGCACGGGCAGAAGCUCCACUGUCCCUCGGCCCCGGCACUCCCCCUCCCGGCCUGCGCUCAUCCUGCCCCGGUCCAGCGUAUUCUUCUGGAGACCAGAUGCAGAGACUUCUACAGGGGCCUGCCCCACGGCCCCCGGGGGAGCCCCCUCGGAGUCCCGAGUCCCCUGGCCACUGCGCUGCCUCCCAGAGGCCCCCCAGUAGCCCUGGAGCCUCGCCACGGAGCCCCGGCCGAAAGAAGAGGCGAGCGGUGUGUGCUAAGGGGGGUGGGCAGGCAGGAGCCCCUGCUUCUUCACGGACGGGCUCCCCACUGCUCCCUGCAGCCAGUCCUGAGAUGGCAAACCUGACAGCUAGAGCCGGGCAGGAGGAGCCGAGGCCAGGCCCUGCAGGAGCUCCCGAGCCUGGCCCCGGGGCCCCCAUGCAGGAAGCCAAACUGGGGACAGGUUUGGGCCUGUCCACACCUCUCCCUGUGACUGAGCAAGGUACAGACCAAAUCAGAGCCGCCCCCAGCGCCAGGCUGCACACGGUGUCCAGACCCAUCCAGGAGGCCCACCCAGAUGUCUCAAGGUCUGAGUCAGACAUGGCUGUGUCUACACCCGCCUCCAAGCCUCAGCCUGACAUGACUGUGUCUACACCCGCCUCCAAGCGUCAGUGUGACAUCGCUGUGUCUACACACGCCUCUGAGCCUCAACCUGACACAGACAUGGCUGUGUCUACACCCACCUCCAAGCCUCAACCGGACAUGACUGUGUCUACACCCGCCUCCAAGCCUCAACCGGACAUGACUGUGUCUACACCCGCCUCCAAGCGUCAGUGUGACAUCGCUGUGUCUACACACGCCUCUGAGCCUCAACCUGACACAGACAUGGCUGUGUCUACACCCGCCUCCAAGCCUCAACCGGACAUGGCUCUGUCCACACUGGCCUCCACACCUCGCCUGGAUGUGGCCUUGGCUACAGCAGGCCGAGCGGUGAAGCUAAAGGCGGCUUCAUCUCCACCUGUCUCAGGGGCUGUGCCAAGGAUGGCUGAGUCCGCCGGGCUUGUGUCUACACCUGGUUUUGGAGCUGAUGCCACCGGCCCUGCCUGGUCUCCCACCCGAAGAGCUGGGCCUGACGUGGUGGACACGGAGGUUGUCAGGUCUGAGCCCUCAGCAGGGGCCCGUGGACACCGCUCUGGGGAGCCCGCACUGGGUCUCACCCAAGUCCCCAAGAAGAAGAAAGUGCGAUUCUCCAUGGCUGUGCCCACGCCCAAGGAGCCAGGCUCAGGGGAGGCCUCAGGCCUGGCCACGCCCGCCACAGCCCGACCCUCAGCCCGCCGGACAGCGACUGGGGGUCAUGGGGGGCCCGGAGUCUGGGACACUGUGGCCGUCGGGCCCCAGCCCCACCAGCCUCGGAUCCUCAAGCACCUGCCUUGCCCGCCCCCUUCUGCCGUGACAAGGGCCGGGCCCGGGAGCCGCUUUGCCGUGACCCUCCCAGAGGCCUACGAGUUCUUCUUCUGUGACCCCAUCGCGGAGGACGAAGAUGCUGAGGCGGCAGCGGCCAGCCAGGGCCCCGUGGACGUCCAGUGGCCGGACACAUGCGAGUUCUUCUUCCGAGACUACGGAGCCCAGACGUCGAGGCAGCUGGGGGCCCCAGCGCCACCCCCGAGAGCGGGUCCUGUGCCGGCCCCCCCACCUGGAGACCCCAUGCCCAUCUCCAUCCCUGAGGCCUACGAACACUUCUUUGGAGAGGACGGGCUUGGGGGUAUCCCAGGAGCGGGGGCUGCCCCACACUGGCUGCAGACCCUGGAGCCUUCCAGCUCGGCCUCCCAGGGGGCGGGGCCCGGGACCCCCUCCAAGCCAGCCGCAGUGGAGCGGCUCCACCUGGCUCUCAGGUGGGCAGGGGAGCUCCAGGGGCCUGUCCCAUCAUUUGUCUUCAGCCAGAAUGACAUGUGCCUGGUGUUUGUGGCCUUUGCCACCUGGGCUGUGAGGACGUCAGAUCUGCACACCCCAGAUGCCUGGAAAACAGUCUUGCUGGCCAACAUCGGCACCGUCUCUGCCAUCCGAUACUUCCGCCGGCAGGUGGGGCAAGGCCGCCCCAGCCGCAGCCGCAGCCGCAGCCGCAGCCGCAGUCCCAGCUCCUAGGAGCCAGGCCCGGGCCAGGGAGACGCCGGACGAGGAGCCGACCACGUGUGCCGGGGACAGGUGCUGUCCUCGCCCGGGCCCCCGACCCGUCUUCUGCGGGGUCCGGGAGAGAGGGCAUGUCCUGGUGCGGCUCCCUUGGACUCACCUGAGGGUCCGGCCAGUGAGCACGGCUGCUCCCCACAUUGGGGAGGGAGAUGCUGGUCUGGGCGAGUGGAGGCCAAGCAGGUGGCUGGGUCGCAGGGCGGCCAGAU